AUGGCACCUCGAGACGAACCGAUCUCAGCAACGGCUGCUAUGCCUCAACCGAGUGAAGACUUCGAGAAGCAAACACAAUAUGCCUCAAUUAUCCCCAAUGGAGACCGCCGUCUUGAGCUGCAACCCACCAUAUCGUCCAUCGGCCACGAUGACAUGACCCAUGCAGAACCAGUGAUAACAGGCGACAUGGACGAGGCUUACAACCGGUUCUCUGAACGACGGAAGGUGGCUAUAGUUGCCGCUGUAUCGUUCUGUAGCUUCCUCGCCCCCAUUUCAUCCACCACCGUUCUAUCGGCUGUCCCAGAAGUGGCAGCGACAUACAACACGGACGGGUCUAUCAUCAACAUAUCGAACGCGCUAUAUAUGCUCUUCAUGGGUAUUAGCCCGUGCUUCUACGGGCCUUAUGGAAACAUUUAUGGUCGAAAAUGGGUAUCAGUAGCAAGUGCAGCACUGUUCACUGCUUUCUCCAUUGGUACAGCUUUGGCUCCUAAUUUGGCAUCUUUCUUCGUCUUCAGAAUCUUGACUGCCUUUCAAGGUACUGCCUUCCUUGUCAUCGGAAGUGCAGUAAUUGGCGACAUCUAUAAACCAACCGAUCGUGGUACUGCAUUAGGCUGGUAUUUAUCAGGAACACUGAUCGGCCCUGCACUGGGCCCAUUCAUUGGAGGUAUCAUCGUUACCUUCCGUAGCUGGCGCGACAUUUUUUGGCUACAGACAGCCCUUGCUGGCACAGCAGUGCUCCUCUGCUUUUUUGUUCAACCUGAGACCAUCCACGUCAGGCGUUCGACCGAGCUUGAGGGCCUAAAAACAUCAGAGAAAGCGCGAAAGAUGUGGCAAUGGCUCAACCCAUUCCGGGUCAUCAGCUUGUACCGUUAUCCCAACCUUUUUCUGGUCGCUCUUUCUUCCUCUUCGCUGGUGUGGAACAUGUACUCCCUCCUCACACCUAUUCGCUACGUUCUUAAUCCACGCUUCGAGUUGACUACACCACUCCAAGGAUCCUUGUUCUACAUUGCGCCAGGCUGUGGAUACCUCUUUGGUACUUUUUUCGGUGGACGGUACGCAGAUUACAUUGUCAAAAAGUACAUUCGUAUCCGGGGCCACCGCGAGGCUGAGGACCGGUUGCGAAGCUGUCUAUGGUUCCUCGGCGGUGUCAUUCCAGCAUGUAUGCUGAUCUAUGGAUGGAGUGUCGAGAAGAGAGUUGGCGGCAUCGCGUUGCCAGUCGUCAUGAUGUUCUUGCAAGGUGUUGCACAGUUGUUCUGCUUUCCGAGCUUGAACACAUAUUGUCUGGAUGUCAUGCAGGGCCGAUCUGCCGAGGUAGUUGCUGGCAACUACUUCAUGCGCUACAUGUUCGCAGCGGGUGGUUCAGCCGUCGUUCUUCCCGCUGUCCGAGCUAUUGGUGUAGGGUGGUUCUCAACCAUCAGCGCGCUGUUCCUGGUACUUGGCGCGCUCGGCACAUAUGCUACUGCACUAUACGGAAAAGGAUGGCGAGAAGCUAUCGACGCAAAAAAGGCGGCGAAGAAGGUGGGCGAGAAUCAGGCGUGA